AUGGCGGAGCCAAUCAGUAAGAGACCCACCGUUGGCCGGACUCUGACUGGGGGACUCUAUCCACGCAAUCACGCGCGUGCUGCACGGGCAUGUGGUGUUUGGUUACUACUAAAAGGGUUGCAAUUAUUUCUCGAGUGGACAGAUGUGACUGAAUCAGAACUUGAAAAGAAAAUUGAUACAAGAUCACGAGCAAGACCUCUUGCUAGAUAUUUCUCAGCUUCUGAGAGUGACACCCCAGAUAAGAUAACGGAAAAGAAAAAUGAUGAUAGACAAGCUGCUAAGAUUGCGAAAACUUUGUUGACUCAGAAAUUGCGUGAUGCAGCUACAAAACAAUUGACUGCAAAGGCAACCAAAGACGUUGGAGGCAACUACAAGAACAAACAAACAGAAGUAGCACCAUCGAAAUCUGGACUCAAAAUUUUAAAGACAGAUGAGCCGUCAAAAAAAGUUGCAGAAACUCCCGUGAAAGUGUUGUGGACAUCGUGACAUGUUCAAAUGCUAUGGAGACAGUUCCAAAGAAACGUGACAUACCAAAGAUAAUAUCAAUAGGACGUGUACCUGAUAACCUAAAGAAGAAAUUAAUUAUCUUGGCAGAAAGCGAUAUCACGAAGAAGGAUGAGCAUAAGAAAGCAGCCACAUUGAACUGAAUCUCUGUGACAACCAAAUCUCUGAUAUUGAACAGGGAACAGAAUGCCUCGAAAAAUUACGAUGGAAGAAGAGACGUGGGUUUGGUAUUUUUUGUGUGUGUUUAAUCUAAUUUAACUUUACGAAUAUUCAGGAAAACCCGACGAGUGAUAGAUCAAAAGGCGCGAUACUAAAAGCUGCAUUAAGUGAUGUUGACAGAGCUGUAAGGAAAUCCAAUUCACGAAAGGAUACAAGAGAUGAGUCGCAAAAGAAUGCAUUAAACGACAUCGAAAAAUCGACGAAAAUAAAGUACUUGCAAGACGCGGUCAAUAAUUUGAGUCAGGCCUUGUCUGACAAAGAUUUGGUCAUGAUGGAUUUGUUGAAUGCAAACAUAGCACUGCAAAAGAAUGCAAUCGAAGAAUUGCA